AUGUAUUCCAUGCUGAAGACUGGCUACAAGACCUAUAGCAAAGUCUCAUCAGAUGAACGCGAGUUGUGCUUUCGUCAGUUUGCGCAAGAAUUUAAUUGGCCAUCCGGGGAUACGGAAGUCUUCCGUAAGGCGUUCCACAGAAAGGCCAUGGAGAUUUACGGGAAUCAGAUUUAUGAGUGGAAACAGCUAUGGCUUAAGGGUAAGAAACCGAAGUUUAUCAACUCGAAGGUUUGGCAAGACUUAGAGGUGCAUUGGUCUAAGCAGGAGACUAAAGAGCAAUCAGACAGGAACUCCCAGAACCGCUUGAGCGACCAUGGUGGACUAGGUGUUUAUGUCCACAAUCUCGGUGCUUGCAGUAUGUCCUCCAAAGAGGAUCAACUUGUUGCUGCAAAUGACGGUGAUCUCGUCGCUUAUCUCGAUGUCAUGAGGGGUGCAUACACUAACAAGAAGACUGGGGAAAUUCAGAAUCCCCUUAUUAGGGAUGUCAUAGACUUGGUAGAAUCCCGGAAACAAGAAUAUAUAGCUUCACAGCCCCUCUCCAAUGAAGGUUCUUCGGCUUCAACCAACUUGUCACGAGCUCGAGUUAACGAAAUGGUAGAAGAGGCGGUUCCAAAAAAGAAAGGUCGUUUAGUCGGGUUGGCUCGUCGUGCCUCUUCCUAUCCUUCUUCUUCACAAACUCCGUAUGUGGAUCCGAUGAUUAUGAUGGAGCUGCAGAAAAAGGAUGAUCGGAUUGUAGAGUUGGAGUCUCAAAACGCUACAAUUCUUGCACAGAUGGCCCAACAGGAUGCUCAAAUAGUGGAACAUAAAGCUGAAGUAGCGGAAGCUAAGAGGAUGAACCAACACAUUAUAGAAAAGAUGAAGCGACUAUUUCCUGCAGAAUUUUCGGAUUAG